CUGUUCCGUGGUACAUUGAGCAACAAUUAAGCAGAUUAUCAGCGGUGUCUGUCAGUGCGACAAGUUCAUCAGUUCAGAGCGCACUGACUAGUGACAAACUGCAGUAAGGAGUGGAUGUUGGAAGGAACUUUGAAUAUUUUCUGGAGGAGCCUGUCUGCAUUGAGGUAAGUCUAAAUGGUUUACCCAUUUAUGUUACUCGUUUUUCACACUUCAUAGAUAUGCUGUUAUUAUUUCUCUGUUUAUUGGACAUUUAUUCAACUGUCAAUCCCAGGGCGCACAAUCUGGAACACAAUUCCGUACUGCUUUUAAUUACAGAUAUAUUUUGUUUUAUUUCAGACUGUAUUGACUGUAGUGAAGCAACCGUCGCGUGAGCCAGAAGCUUGGAGAGAGGACCGUAGCCACGAGGCACCGGGAGACAGACAGCAGACAUGAUGACGGAUAUCUCCGGUGCAGAGUUUGAGAUCGAUGUGGAGAGUCUGGAGACCGAAUGCGACGACCAGGACCAGCCGGACUACAGCUCCUCUCUGCCCUGCGCAGGAGACCACGAGCCGGGGGCCAAGAUAGAUGACAAGCCGGGCACCACCAGCCCCGGGUCCGGUGAACAGCGGAAGCUAAGCCGGACGCCGAAGUGUGCCCGCUGCAGGAACCACGGCGUGGUGUCUUGUCUGAAGGGGCAUAAACGGUUCUGCCGCUGGAGGGACUGCCAGUGUGCCAACUGUCUGCUGGUGGUGGAGAGACAGCGGGUCAUGGCGGCUCAGGUGGCACUGCGGAGACAACAAGCUACAGAGGUGUGUGUGGAUUCUAAUAAAUUAUGUUAUUUAAUUAAGGUGUGUGGGUGUGUGUUUUUUUAUUUUUACUAUUAUUAUUUUAAAUCAUUCGAGUGGGUGUAAAACUCGUUGGUUUCACAAGCAACUUUUUGGGAACAAUGUUGCCAAAACUGUAUCUUAAAAUCAUUUUAAUUUCAAAUGUAUUCCAACUGUCUUCAUUGACUACAAACAUAUGUCAUUUUUACAUUGUAAAAAGGGCCUAAUUUGAAAUAAUGUCCUGUUUGGAUCUUUUGCAUUGACAUGAUCAGGACAGCGAAGUCUAACACAGACUAUAUUUUUAAACGUUUCGUUUUAGUUUAGUAGAGUUAUUUUAUUUAUUUCCCCACCAAACAAAGUAACAGGCUAGAAUGAUGAACUCAACUUAAUCUAAAUAAUACAUUAAUACAAAUAUUUAUAUUAUAAGUAGCCUCUUGCUAUCACUUAUCUAAUAUUUUCUAAACCUUGGGACUGGUAUCGAACGCAUAAUAAUGCACGUAGUUAUUAUUUUGCACAUAUAAUACACGAUUAAUUAUUACUUUUUUUGUUCUGUAAUUUUAUCAGGAUAAAAAGGGAAUUUGUGGGAAGCAGAUUCCAGCGGAGAGAAGAUCUAUCUACCAGAGAAACAUCAGACCAUCAACGAUGCUGGCUAAGAGCAUUCUGGAAGGUAACACAGUUCUAUUGUAGUCUAUUCUAUUCUAUCAUUUCCUAUUCUAUUUCAUAAUAUACAAUUCUAUCCUAUCCUAUGCAAUUAUGUUAUUUUGUAAGGCAGGAGACAGGAGACUACUUUGUCGUGUUUUCUAGUAAUGGUUUUACUGAAUGAACUGGUGUUCAUUCUCUCUCUCGCUCUCAUUCAGACUUGUUACAAUGUCUUUAUUUUAUAGGUACAGAUAGAACUAAGCAGGUAAAAUACAAUUUUAGAUGUUUUGUGAAAUGCUUUUAAAGUGGAAAAGGACGAUACAUAAAUAAUUGAGCUUAUAUUCAAUACUUUCUAUAUUUUAACGUAAUUUAUUUAACCAAAUCUGACUGAUACCAAACCUGCUUUAUUUAACAUAAUAACAUUGAUAUCUAACCUGCUUUAUUGAACCUAAUCUGUCUGAUAUUUAUCCUGCUUUAUUGAACCUAAUCUCAUUGAUAUCUAACCAGCUUUAUUUAACCAAAUCUCAUUGAUAUCUAACCUGCUUAAUUUAACCUAAUCUGUCUGAUAUCUAACCUGAUUUAUUUAACCUAAUCUGAUUGAUAUCUAAUUUGCUUUUUUUAACCUAAUCUUACUGAUAUCUAACCUGCUUUAUUUAACCUAAUCUGAAUGAUAUCUAACCUGUUUUAUUUAACCUAAUCUGACUGAUAUCUAACCUGCUUUAUUUAACCUAAUCUGAAUGAUAUCUAACCUGCUUUAUUUAACCUAAUCUGAAUGAUAUCUAACGUGUUUUAUUUAACCUAAUCUGUCUGAUAUCUAACCUGCUUUAUUUAACCUAAUCUGACUGAUAUCUAACCUGCUUUAUUAACCUAAUCUGACUGAUAUCUAACCUGCUUUAUUUAACCUAAUCUGAAUGAUAUCUAACCUGUUUUAUUUAACCUAAUCUGAAUGAUAUCUAACCUGCUUAAUUUAACCUAAUCUGUCUGAUAUCUAACCUGCUUAAUUUAACCUAAUCUGACUGAUAUCUAACCUGCUUUAUUUAACCUAAUCUGACUGAUAUCUAACCUGCUUUAUUUAACCUAAACUGUCUGAUAUCUAACCUGCUUUAUUGAACCUAAUCUCAUUGAUAUCUAACCUGCUUUAUUGAACCUAAUCUCAUUGAUAUCCACCUGCUUAAUUUAACCUAAUCUGUCUGAUAUCUAACCUGCUUUAUUUAACCUAGUCUCACUUAUAUCAAAUUUGACUGAUAUCUAACCUGCUUUAUUGAACCUAAUCUGACUGAUACCUAACCUGAUUUAUUGAACCUAAUCUGUCUGGUUUCUAACCUGCUUAAUUUAACCUAAUCUGAUUGAUACUGACCCUGCUUUAUUUAACCUAAUCUGUCUGAAAUCUAACCUGCUUUAUUUAACCUAAUCUGUCUGAUAUAUACAUUGCUUUAUUUAACCUAAUCUAAUUGAUAUCUAACCUGCUUUAUUUAACCUAAUCUGAUUGAUAUCUAACCUGCUUAUUUUUACCUAAUCUCAAUGAUAUAUAACCUGCUUUAUUUAACCUAAUCUGACUGAUAUCUAACCUGCUUUAUGUAAAUUAAUCUGACUGAUAUCUAAUCUGACUGAUAUCUUAUCUUCUUUAUUUACUGUAAACUCGUUUAUAUCUAAUCUGACUGAUAUCUAACCUGCUUUAUUUUACCAAAUCUGUCUGAUAUCUAACCUGCUUUAUUCAACCUAAUCUGACUGAUAUCUAACCUGCUUUAUGUAAAUUAAUCUGACUGAUAUCUAACCUGCUUUAUUUAACCUAAUUUCAUUGAUAUCUAACCUGCUUUGUUUAACCUAAUCUCAUUGAUAUCUAAUCUGAUUGAUAUCUAACCUGCUUUAUUUAACCUAAUCUCAUUGACACCUAACCGGCUAUAUUUAACCUAAUCUGACUGAUAUCUAACCAGCUUUAUUUAACCUAAUCUGUCUGAUAUCUAACCUGCUUUAUUUAACCUAAUCUCAUUUAUAUAUAACCUGCUUUAUCUAACCUUAUCUGAGUGAUACCUAACCUGCUUUAUUUAACGUAAUUUGUCUGAUAUCUAACCGGCUUUAUUUAACCUAAUCUGACUGAUAUCUAACCUGCUUUAUUUAACAUAAUCUCAUUGAAUUGAACAUGCUUUAUUUAACCUAAUCUCAUUGAUAUCUAAACUGCUUUAUUUAACCUAAUCUCAUUGAUAUCUAAACUGCUUUAUUCACCCUAAUCGCAUUGAUAGCUAACCUGCUUUAUUUAACAUAAUCUGAUUGAUACAUCCAUAAAAGUAGAUAAAAAAAAUAUCUAUCCUAUAGGCCUAACCACACCGUAAACCUGCAAUAAUUUGCAUGCAAUUACUUUUCUUCUUAACAAACAGUUAACAUCAAUAUAAUGAACAGUUAUACAAAACCGAUCAAGUUUACUUUUAGCAGUUUACUAGAAUAUAUUAUAUUAUUAUUAUUAUUAUUAUUAUUAUUAUUAUUAUUAUUAUUAUUAAUAUUAAUAUUAUUAUUAUUAUUAUUAUUAUUAUUAUUAUUAUUAUUAUUAUAUAUUAUUAUAUUAUUAUCUCUAUGUCAUCUAACCUCAGUUGUUCUGUCUCCUCGCAGGGUACCGUCCGGUGCAGGGUGACCCGUACCUGGGGGUCAGCCCCCCUCUCCCGCCCCCCCUCAGCGACAGGAUGAGGAAGAGGAGAGCGUUUGCUGACAAAGAGCUGGAGAGGAUCAUGCUGGAGAGAGAGUACAAGGAGAGAGAGAUGCUAGAACCCCCUCAGGCUGCCACAGCCUCUCUGCUCUUCCCCAACAGUCUGGUCCGCCAUGCUGCAGAGUACAAGUCCUACAAGACAGCCCCGGAGGAGCCUCACCACAACAACAAGGACCUCUGUCGCUUCCUGUCGCCCAGCUGUGUGGACCUGAAGUACGCUGCCAGCCCCAGCAACAUGGAGCUCAUCUCCUCCAACGUCUCCGUGGCAACCACCUACCGCCAGUACCCUCUGACCUCUCCGCUGACCUCUCCGCGGGGGUUCAUGGUGUGGCCGCGUGGCCCCUCCCUCCUGUACCAGCAGUGCCUGCGCAAUGCCACGGCCGUCCAGAACAUGAAGCCAGGUGCAGUCUGGGAUCCCAGGAUGAUGACCGCUGCCGCAGAGAGCCUCCCGCCCGACCACGAUGCCACGGCAACCACUGCCGUCACUGCCGCCAAACUGGAGGGGUCAAGGGUCGCUGUGGGCCUCCCCGAGGGUUCUGACCCCCAGCAGCAGGACGGCCCCGCCCAGUCCCAGGCCCCUCUCACCCAGGGGGGGCACCGCGAACGAUCAGCCUUCUCUCCCCCGAAGAGAGGCUUCGGACAGGCCUUCCCUCCUUGUACACCUCCCCCCCAGCCUCACCCCCAACCUCACCCUCACCCUCCCAGUCAUGAACAUGUCCUGAACAAGCUGAGCAAGGACAGUGCCAAACACACACUAUCCAUGAAGCUCAACUCCUUCCACUCACUCAUCCAGCAGACAUUGAGUGAGAAGGCUAGGGUCGGGGCUGGAGAAAGAGAGAGGGCCGGGGCCGAGGUAGGAGCUGGGGCUGGGGAGAGAGCUGGGACCGGGGCCGGAGUCGAGCUCCGGGGCCCCUACUGUAAAGAACUGCUGGAGGAAGCAGCCAGAAAGUACCGUGAAGGACCUUCUAAGGACUUCUACAGUUUAAAAGGCUCUGAUAGAUACAGCAAGGAGUUCCUGUCUAAGUCAGCCGGGGCCAAGAUCGUGUCCAGCCAGUCUCUGUCCUUCUCUGUGGAGGCCAUUCUGAAUAGGCCAUCACCGGCUAUGAACAGAGUUUCACAGUAA